CAGCUCCCACUCUCAGCAGUUAUUUCCCCAGGACCUGACUGAGCUGAGGUUGGACAGAACCAAACCAGGGGGUGCUGCUGGGUGCUGCUGGGUGCUGCUGGGUGCUGAGUUAGGGCCACACUCGCCUGGGGAGUUCUGGAAGUUCGGGACAUACUAACAAAGAGUAAUUCGUGCCCAGCCUAGAGAGCCUGUAGGUGGGACCCCAGGAGCAGCCCGCUGAGCUUUCCGAUGGGGUCUGAUGUCCGGGAUAUGAACGCUCUCCUGCCUCCGGUCUCUACCCUGUCCGGGAACAGCAGCUGCAGCAUGCCGGUCAGUAGCAGCGGGCAGUGGGCUCCGGUACUGGACUUCCCCCCCGGGGCCCCUUACAGCUCCCUGCCCCCACACUCCUUCAUCAAACAGGAGCCCACCUGGAACCCAGACCCCCAUGAAGAUCAGUGUCUCAGCGCCUUUACUGUCCAUUUCUCCGGCCAGUUCACUGGCACAGCUGGGGCCUGUAGGUAUGGGGCCUUUGGGGCCCCCACGCCAAGCCAGGCAACAACGGGUCAAGCAAGGAUGUUCCCCAACUCCCCCUACCUGUCCAACUGCCUGGAUAACCAGCAGGGCAUGAGGAAUCAAGGUUACAGUGCGGUGGCCUUUGAUGGUACUCCAAGCUACGGCCAUACGUCCUCUCAUCAUACGGCACAGUUUACAAACCACUCCUUCAAGCAUGAAGACCCCAUGGGCCAACAGACCUCUCUAGGGGAGCAGCAGUAUUCCGUUCCCCCCCCAGUGUAUGGCUGUCACACCCCUACUGACAGUUGUACUGGGAGCCAAGCACUUCUCCUCAGAACUCCGUAUAACAGUGAUAAUCUCUACCAAAUGACCUCCCAACUGGAAUGUAUGACUUGGAAUCAGAUGAAUUUGGGGUCUUCUCUUAAAAGUCACGGGACGAGUUACGAGAAUGACAGUCACAGCACGCCGAUGCUUUACAGCUGCGGGGGUCAGUACAGGAUACACACGCACGGGGUCUUUAGAGGAAUCCAAGAUGUGAGGCGCGUGCCGGGAGUGACCCCAGCCAUAGUCAGAUCAUCGACAGAGGCCAAUGAAAAGAGGCCAUUCAUGUGUGCCUACCCAGGGUGCAACAAGAGAUACUUUAAACUGUCCCAUUUGCAGAUGCACAGCAGAAAACACACAGGGGAAAAACCGUACCAGUGUGAUUUCAAAGACUGCGAGAGGCGAUUUUCUCGUUCAGAUCAACUUAAAAGGCACCAAAGGAGGCACACAGGCAUUAAACCUUUCCAAUGCAAAACCUGCCAACGAAAGUUCUCCAGGUCCGACCACCUGAAGACUCACACCAGGACUCAUACAGGUGAGAAGCCCUUCAGCUGUCGGUGGCCAAGUUGCCAAAAGAAGUUUGCCAGGUCGGAUGAAUUGGUUCGUCACCACAACAUGCACCAGAGGAACAUGACCAAACUCCAGCUGGCCCUUUAGACACAAGGGAGCGGCAAUGGGACUGGAAAAAAAAUGCUACUGUAUUAUAUAUAAAUCAUUAGUGCAACCAUGUAAAGGCAUUUUCUGCCAUUAUCCACUAAGUGGGAUUCUGUUCAUCUCUCAUAGUUAUAAUAUCCUGUAACAUAAUGGAAAGCGUGGAUAUGUUCCUGAAUGCUGAGUGUCCGUUCGGCCUAGGCUGGUCUAGUUAUUAUCAGUCGGUUACUAAUUGUUUGAGAAUAUGCUUGAACAGUUGAAUGGCACAUUGGGCUGUUCUGGAAAGGGGCGUGUUUACUAAGAUUGGAGAUAAUUAUCUCCGGUGAUGUUGCCCAUAGCAACCAAUCAGCAAUUGUCACCUUGUCACCUACAAGUUAGAAAUCAAAGCAAAGACCCAAUUGGUUGCUACAGGCAACAUCACCGGUGAUAUUUAUCUCCAUUCUGAGUAAACAUACCCCUCUGUGUUAAAGUAGCCCAAGAAACGAUGCCCAUUAUCUGAAACCACUCCCUCCCCAUAGACUUGCAUUGAAAUCAUGUGACAAGCAGUUGUGUAGUUUUAUAAAUACAUGUUGUGUAAAUUCCAUAGCUACUAAUGGACGGACAUACCCUCCCAUACACUAUAAAUACUAAAUACAGUGGAAGACCAGACUCUGAUAUUUAUCCCACCUCUAUACCUGUUUCCUUGUUAUAUUCAUUACUGUCCAAACUGCCUGAGGCAUGAUCAGUAGUACAUCUAUAUAUCAAUCUAUAUCUAUCAAUAUAGACACAGGAUAUGGGUGUUUUUGUAACAUGUUGGGCAACACUGCUGUGUGCUCUUUAUCCUUGUUUAUAGAACAGAUUUAAAUACAAAGGCACCCAGUUGACUUGCAAUCAUCAUGAUCAACCCACAAAAAUAACACAAUGUUAAAAUAUUUAGUAUAAGUAAAUGUAUAGUAAUGCUGAGUAUGAUUACCCAGCAAGUCCAGUUGCUAUUGCUUUGCUUAUACUAGAGAUACCAUGACUUCAAUACAAGAAAACCUUCAUAGUCACAAUGUUAAAAUAUUAGUGCAGAUCCAUAGAAUGUGGUUGUUGCUUACAUUCAGUACGCCAGCUUGGUUGCACCCAAUGCCACAUUAAUCCAUCUCAUUUUAUAAAUAUAUAUAGAUAUAUGUGUUGUUUUAAGUUGGGCUUUUCCAUUUAUUUAUUUUCACUAGAGGUUGAUGAGGAGUGUAGAAGUGACAGUUACUGCGGAACAUUUAACCAUUUGAAUGGAACAUUGGAAAUUAACUAUGCAUCUGCAGAAUUCCUAAAGGCCAUAGAUAAAUAGGGCUAAUUUAAGACACUACUACUGGUCAUGGAUAAAUGCUGACGUUCUACAGUACUCCUAGUAGCCAUGGAUAAAUACUGCUUAUUUACAAUGCCCCUAGUUGCCAAAAAUAAAUACUGCACUACAGCACCCCUAGUGGCCAUGAAAAACAACUGCUGUUUUACAAACCUAAUGGUCAUGGAUAAUUUCUGCUAAUCUGCAAUACCUAGUGGUCACGAAUAAAUACUAAUGUUCUACAACCCAUAGUGACCAUAAAUACUUCUGCUCUGUAACCCCUGUUCUACAAUACCCAGCAGCCAUAAACCACCUCUCCCGUGCUACAACACCCCUAGUGGUCAUGGAUAAAUUCUACUGUUCUAAAAACUUCCUAGUGGUCAUGGAUAACUUAUGAUGUUCUACAACAGCCUUGUAACCAUGAAUAAGUACAGCUGCUCUACAGCCCCUAGUGGCACGGGUAACUUCUAUUGUACAUACUAGUGCUAUACAGGGCCCUGAGAGACCAUAGGUGCAAUCUUCUACAAACCUCCUUGUGGUCAAAAAUAAAUUCUGCUACUCUACAACACCCCUAGUGGCCAUAAUAAGUACUUCUGUUCUACAAACCUCCUUGUGGUCAAAAAUAAAUUCUGCUACUCUACAACACCCCCAGUGGCCAUAAAUAAGUACUUCUAUUCUACAAACCUCCUUGUGGUUCAAAAAUAAAUUCUGCUACUCUACAACACCCCUAGUGGCCAUAAAUAAGUACUUCUGUUCUACAAACCUCCUUGUGGUCAAAAAUAAAUUCUGCUACUCUACAACACCCCUAGUGGCCAUAAAUAAGUACUUCUUUUCUACAAACCUCCUUGUGGUCAAAAAUAAAUUCUGCUACUCUACAACACCCCUAGUGGCCAUAAAUAAGUACUUCUGUUCUACAAACCUCCUUGUGGUCAAAAAUAAAUUCUGCUACUCUACAACACCCCUAGUGGCCAUAAAUAAGUACUUCUGUUCUACAAACCUCCUUGUGGUCAAAAAUAAAUUCUGCUACUCUACAACACCCCUAGUGGCCAUAAUAAGUACUUCUGUUCUACAAACCUCCUUGUGGUUUAGAAAUAAAUUCUGCUACUCUACAACACCCCUAGUGGCCGUAAAUAAGUACUUCUGCUCUACAAACUUCUAGUUGUCCUGAAUAAAUUCUGCUACUCUACAACACCCCUAGUGGCCAUGAAGAAUUACUGCUAUUCUACAUACCUUCUAGUCAGGUCAUGGGUACAUACUGCUGUUCUACAACAGCCUUUACAUCAUGGAUAUAUACAGUUGUUCUAUAGCAUACCCAAAGACACUGUAUAAAUGCAUUUAUUAUUCAACAAUCCUAACAAGCCCUUGUACAUACUCAUCCUGUACAGCACCCCUAGAAACCACAGAUACAUUCUUCUGUGCAACACUAUAUAGAUAAAUACUGAUCAUUCUAUUAUCCACCUCUUGUGACAAUGUAAAGAUAGUGAUGUUCUACAGCAUGCCCAGAUACCUUGUAUAUACAACUGUUUUUGUCUAUGGAAAAAAGAAUAAGUCAGGGCAAGAAUAUAUGCAGAGAUGGACAGUUCAAGGAAAACAUACUUUAGUUUCCAUUUGAGGGAAAAUAAAGGGAGAAAUAACAAACUCUCCCAGGGGUCUGCAAGAUGGAGGAUAUCCCUAAGCAAAAGUGAGGCUGAAGUUAAAUCUAAAAUUAUUUUGUUGUAUCUCUUUGUAUUUUUAGUGAAUUUGUUUUUCUUUUGUAGUUUUUAAUUUAUUUUACAGCCCCAUUAGAAGAGGGCAAUACGGAAUCCUUGGGGGGCAUUUUUAUUGUUUGUAUUCUUUUGGUGCCAGAAAGGGCAGUGGUGUUUCAUUGUGCGUGUCUCACUCGUCCUUGCGAUGGGGAAAAAAGGGGUUAAAUGUUAUAUUUCACCGGGCAAUUUUUUCACCUGCUUUAUAGAGAUUUUCUUUUUUUGGGCAGAAAUAUUUGGGUAACAAUUUAUGGGAAAGUAUUUAUAGAUCUCUACUAAGGCGCAAUUCUCUUAAUGGUGACCUUUUUCCAGAAAACAACAUAAUUGGGGGCAGAAUUUUCAAUUUAUUCAUUUAGUAAUUCAGUUUGCUACAUUUUUCAGUCUAUUCAUUAAACAGAUUUUACAUUUAUAGUAAAAAUUUAUCGGAGAAAAAAAAUCUCUAGAAAGCAGCUAAAAAAUUCACCGGAAUUUUUCAGCCUUUCCUAAAGACUAGACUUUAUGGUUGCUUUGUGCUAAAUUAUCCAAAAUUCUAUUUCUAAUUCAUUUUAUCAAAUUUUUCAGUUUAGUAAUCGAACAAUAGUGAUGAGUGAAUUUGUCCCAUUUCACGUAAAAUUUUUUGAAAUGGCAAAAAUGUUGCGCGCCAAAAAAAAUUGUUACAUGUGUCAAAAAACGACGCGCACAACUUUUUUUUUAUUCACUUCAUUUAUUUUACGCGCGCAACUUUUUUUUUUACGUCGUCGACAAUAUUUUGACGCGUGCAAAUUUUUCCGCUGCAAUUUUUUGCCGCCCAUUUUGAGAAACAAUCAGCCAAUGGCGAAACAUGGAAAUUUGCUGCGAAUCCAUGCCUGCCAAAUUAUUUUGCCCAUCACUAUUGAACAUGUUCAUUUUCAAUUUAUUGAAAAAAAUAAAAAAUCUAAAAAAAACCAGCUGAAAAUUCUAAAUUUUUUCAGCCGUUGAUAAAUCAUUCUGAACUAUGGUUGCCUUGUGCUAAAAUAUCCAAAAUUCUAUUUUUUAAUAGAAUUUAUUACAUUUUUCAGUUUAUUUAACCGAUUUUCAAAUUUUUGUAAAAAUUUAUUGAAGGAAAAAAAAAUCUCUAGAAAGCAGCUAAAAAAAUCCCCUUCUGAAUUUUUUAAAGCCUUUAGUAAAUCUAGACUUUAUGGUUGGCUUUUCUACAAUCUCCAAAAUUCUAUUUCUAGGUGACCACUCAAAAAAACCCAAGAAAAACCAUGAAAAUGAGUGGAAGUGUCUCAUUUAAAUCCCUAAAGCGGUUUUGAGAUUUAUUAACACUGUACGUGCUGCACUGGUUUUGCGGCUUAGAUUUGUAAAUAUAUUGCUUCAAAGAAAUGUACUAAAGAAAAUGCAAAGCGGCUGGUCCAUAAUCUUUUUGUUCUCAGAUUGUUUCGUAAUUCGUUUUUUGUUUCCGUGUUAUUAAAGCCCUGAAGCAAGAAGAAUAUUAUUGGCCGGGGCGUUAAAACAAGGGAAAUUUAUUUCACUAUGUUUUUGUCUUUUUUUUUUUUCAGUUUGUAUGUAAAUAAAUCUGUAAUAUAAAUACGGGAUGGUAUUGCUGUUAGAAAACAUUCCAACGUAGAAAUGUAUAUUAGUAACUGUUUUGAUGUUUUUACUGUAAAUGUAACCUGCAUAUUUCACCCGGCUUUAAUAAAAGCUAAUUCCAUUGA